GCCGCGCCUCCUCCUCCUCUCCUCUCCUCCUCCUCUUCUGCUCCUCCUGCUGCUGCUGCCCCUGCUCCUCCUCUUGCUGCCCCUGCCCUCCUGCUCCGCUCCGCUCAGCCGGGCAAGGUUCGGCCGCUCGGCGCCGGGGCCAGCCCGGGGGCGGUGCCGGCCCCCCCUGCAGCCGUGGGCCCCGCCGGGCUCACAGCCCCGCUCAGGCCGUGAGGGCGGCGCGGCCUCCCCCUGCUGCUGCUGGCGCUGCAAAUAACACCCAAUAACGCCUCCCUUUCCCCUCUCCCGGCUGCAAGAAGGUGAUGAUGGCCUUGGGGACGCUCUUGAGGAAGCCGCCGCUGCCGCCGGGCAGUUGUAGAGCCUUCUGGGGAUGGCUGAAUGCCGUGUUCAACAAGGUGGAUCACGAGCGCAUCCGAGCCGUGGGUCCGGACCGCGCGGCCUCGGAGUGGCUGCUGCGCUGCGGGGCCCUGGUCCGCUACCAGGGCUCGCCCAAGUGGCAGCAGGACUACAACGCCCUGCCCACGGGGCCCCUGGGCAGGUACAAGAUCGAGGCCAUCAACGCCACCGACUCGUGCAUCAUGUACAGAGGAUUUGACUACCUGGUAUCAGGCUGGAGCUGGAGUUGUGGAGCAAAGCGUCCCUUGUGCCCCUGCAGAUGGCCUGGAGCACGUCACAGACAUCAGGCUGGAGAAGUGCAUGUACAUCCAGGACCAGUGUCUGCAGAGGCUCAGCGACACCAGCAACCUGCAGAGGAGUCUGCAGCAGCUGAGGAUCAUCUCCUGUGGCAACGUCACUGACAAAGGCAUCCUGGCACUCCACAAGCUGGCGAACCUGAAAUAUUUGUACCUGAGUGACCUUCCUGGGAUCAGAGAGAAAGAAACAACCUUCCGUGUGCUUCAGCAGGCACUGCCCAAGCUGGAGCUGGAGCUGGAUUUGGAAUAAACACAGCAGCACAAAACUGA